AUGGCGAAAUCAUCCUCCACGCACUUUAUGUACAUUAGCAACAAUUCAACAAUAUACGCUGCAAGGCCACGAUCCUACGAUGUCUUCUUCGGACCCCUGUCACGAUUUCCCGGCCCCCGGUCCUGGGCAGCGAGCUACAUUCCUCGAGUCGCCACGGUCUUCGCUGGCCAAGACGCUCAAGUAUGGACAAAAUUGCAUGAGAGAUAUGGUGCAAUUGUGCGCAUAGGGCCACGGGAGCUAUCAGUCAUUCCAGUCCCGGGAAACAACGCAUGGAAGGACAUAUAUGGCUUCAAGAAUCCACUGCCGCGGGAUCCCGACUUUUCCGUCAAGUCGAUGAAUGGCACCCACUCUGUCCUUUCCGCUGAUGGCGCUCAUCACGCAAGGCAGCGGAAGGCGUUGGCUCAUGCGUUCAGCGAUCGAGCACUCAAACAACAGGAACCGCUUCUGCAGAGGUGGGCUAUGCUUUUGAAACAGAAACUGGCAGAACGAGCAGAUGGAACAACCGCGGUCGAUAUGGCCACCAUGUACAAUUGCGCCACAUUUGAUAUCAUGGGCGAUUUGACAUUCAGCGAGAGCCUUCACAUGCUGGAGAACUCGAAAUACACUCCAUGGUGGAGCAAAUGGGGCGUCAACUAUCUUGUAUCAAAAAGCAAGGCGUUGCGACGAGAGCGCCUGGAGCACUGGCGGUAUACUGCUGAUCGCAUCGAGAGGCGUGUUCAGCGAGAGCCCGAACACGCAGACUUGUGGUCUUACAUUACGAAGUAUGAAGGCGAAGAGGAUGGCCUGCGGCCGGGCGAGCAUCACUCCAACGCAGCUCUUUUCAUGAUCGCGGGUACCGAGACCACCGCCACGGCCCUCGCUGGGACUACCUACCAUCUGGUCCAAAACCCCCGGAUGAUGCAAAAGAUGGUGGCUGAACUCCGCGGUGCCUUCCCACAUCCAGGCACAGUGGACCUUGAGAGUCUCGCUCAUUUACCAUACCUCAACAGUGUUUUACAUGAGGGACUCAGAAUGUACCCUCCCGUCCCAUCAAGCAGGCCACGCAGAACUGGGCCAGAAGGGGCGACGAUAUGCGGCGAAUACAUCCCCGGCGACAUCAGGAUCAGCAUCCCACAUCUGGCAACAUACCGAUCCUCGGCGAAUUUCAAAGACCCCGACUCUUUCGAGCCGGAGCGUUGGCUCAAGAACGAAGCGUACAGAGACGACAACUUAUCUGCUGUCCAGCCCUUCUCGUUCGGACCAACGAACUGCCUAGGCAAGAACCUCGCUUGGCACGAGAUGCGACUCCUGCUCGCCGUCGUUCUCUUGCACUUCGAUCUACGGCUCUGCCCUGAAGCAAAGGACUGGACCAAUCAAAAAGUGUUUACGUUCUGGGAGAAGCCACCGCUCCUGUGUACGCUCGAGCCUACUGCACUGGAUUUGUAA